AUGACAAUAACAACCCCAGAAGAAGCAAUGAACAAAAAGACGUUGAUAGGAGCGGAAAAGACUCUUGACACUUUAGAAGGGCAAGGCACUCAUUUUACGGAGGAUGCUGUCUCAUCCGGUUUCGAAGUGGCUCCGAAUUGCAGAAAAUUUGACAAAGACCCGUCAGCAAAUGAGAGAUACUUUCCUUGCUUUAAUCAACUUUUUAAAAUGAAUAAACGAACACUCAGUUGGAAUAUAGUCCUAAUGCAGAAGAAACAAACAACUAUCUUUUUUAUCAGUCUCAGUUUUUUGAGUAACUUUUGUGCGAAUACAACUUGUCUAUUUUGUCAUCAGAAGGAGAGAAAGUCUGAGCCGAUGGCUAAUGGAAAGGACGACAAGGGAGUAAAAGUUGAAGAGAAGAAGGAAGGAAGCGGCGAGGCCUCCACCUCUGAGAAGAAAGAGGCGGAGCCAGCAGCAGUGAAAGGUAACAAGUCGUUUUCUUUAUUUCAGAAGAAGCUGAAGUGUGAAGAUUGUGAAAAUGAGGUUAAGGGUUGUGCCCUAUUAACCGUCUGUUUGCUUAAUUAG